GCACUAUUCCCUGGAUCAGUUCAUUUGCCUGGCUGAAGUUGCGUGUUGUCUGUGGGGUGCACUGUAUUUCUCUAGCCCUUUACCUCUUGAUUGUAGUACUAGUGCUUAUUUUAAACAGAAAUGGAGAAGACAAACGAAAUUAACGGACAUGCAGUGUCCGAAUGCUCUGUUCCCACGAGCAAAAUUCCAGUUAAAGAUGAUCAUAAAACCUUCAUAGCUAAAUUCGCUUUAUUUUUCAAAAGGAACCUGAUGGUGAUAUUGACUGUUUCGGGGGUCCUGGCUGGCGUCGGUCUCGGCAUGAUGGUCCGUAACAUGAAUCUCACCCGGGCGCAGAUGACUUAUUUCGCCUUCCCCGGAGAAAUGCUUCUGAGGAUGCUGAAGAUGAUAAUCCUUCCCUUGGUAGUGUGCAGCCUGAUCUCGGGGGCGGCCAGCCUGGACACCCGGUCUUUGGGUAAAUUGGGUGGAAUUGCGGUGUCAUACUUUUUGGUGACCACCUUGAUUGCCUCGGCCAUUGGAGUGGCACUUGCAUUUAUUAUUAAACCGGGCGUCGGUGCCGGUGGUCUUAACUCCAAUAAGUUGGGGCUUGAGACCGUCUCUGCCAACAAAGAAACAACGGACUCCUUUUUAGAUCUCGCCAGAAACCUGUUUCCUGCGAACUUGGUUGCAGCUGCUUUUCGCUCAUAUGCCACUAAUUACAAGAUGAUCACUGCGGGAAACAACACAAAUGGAACGCUCAUCUACGAAAAGGUACCAGUUGGCAUGGAAAUCGAAGGCAUGAACAUUCUGGGCUUGGUUCUGUUUGCCAUGGUAUUUGGUGUUGCCCUGAGGAAGUUGGGUGACGAGGGGGAGGAGCUUAUACGCUUCUUCAAUGCAUUCAAUGAAGCCACUAUGGUCCUCGUCUCCUGGAUCAUGUGGUACGUCCCCAUUGGCAUCAUGUUCCUGGUGGGCAGUAAGAUCGUGGAGAUGGAGGACGUGGUGCUGCUGGUCACCAGCCUGGGGAAGUACAUCUUCGCCUCGAUUCUCGGGCACAUGAUCCACGGGGGCAUCGUCCUCCCCCUCAUCUACUUCGGUUUCACCCGCAAGAACCCCUUCAGUUUCCUGGCAGGGCUCAUCACUCCGUUCACCACAGCCUUUGCCACCUGCUCCAGCUCGGCGACCCUGCCCACUAUGAUGAAGUGUGUGGAAGAGAACAAUGGCGUGGACAAGAGGAUCAGCCGCUUCAUCCUGCCGAUCGGAGCCACGGUCAACAUGGACGGGGCGGCCAUCUUCCAGUGCGUCGCUGCCGUGUUCAUCGCCCAGCUCAACAACACCGAGCUCAACGCGGGGCAGAUCUUCACCAUACUUGUGACGGCCACCGCAUCCAGUGUGGGGGCAGCUGGCAUCCCAGCUGGGGGAAUCAUCACCAUUGCCAUCAUCUUGGAGGCCAUUGGGCUGCCCACCAAUGACCUGUCACUCAUGCUGGCUGUUGAUUGGAUUGUGGACCGUACCACCACAGUGGUGAACGUGGAGGGCGACGCCCUGGGGGCGGGGAUUCUCCACCACAUCAACGAGCAAGGGAUGAAGAAGCGGAAACGGCAGCUGGAUGAGGAAGAGGAAGAUGAGCUGGCAGAGGUGAGGGUGGAGGCAGUGGCCAACCUGCAGGCGGAGCAGGAGACGUCGCCACUUGUCGUGCGGCAGAACCAGGACGUAAACGUCUCCCCCGGUGCCAAUGAGGACACCGUUGCCGUGGAAUCCUCACUCUGAGCCCCUCCCCCACAUAAAAAAAGAACCCUGGAAUCUGUUUCACACUAGCCUUCUUUUACCUGUGAAGAUUACUGGUGGUAAAAAUGUGCCCUACUGUAAAUUGAGUGUACAUGGGGAUAUGUCUGCUGAUGGUUUGUAUUGUGGUUAAUUGUGUGAUUUCUUGAAGAUCCAGCUACCUGACUAAUUCUGCCACUUGUUUUUAAACUGCUUUUUUAUUCUUUUAAUCUGUUCUGUUCGGUGGAAGGAAAUUGCAUCUGUGGUCAGGGUUUUAUAUUUGAAAAUGCACUUUCUUUUGCAUGAGUGAUAUGAAUGAGUAUGAGGGGUUAUGAGAUGGUGUAGUGAGGAAAUUAUUUACAGUGUAACCCCUCUGUCCUGAUUGUCUUGGCAUAGCAUGUGAAAUAUUAACUAUUUGCAGAUGAUGAGCAGGAAACAUUGUGAAUAUUUUUGAAGUUAGGCAUCAUUCCCAUCUGUGUGUUUUGUUAAGGACAGGUAUUCACUUGAUUCACACGUUUUUAUCUGGUGAGGGCCAAGCAGGUUCUCAAUUUUAGUUCUAUGAAUAUGGUUGCAUGACACGUUUGGUCAUUGGUGUUUGUGAUGAGUCUGAUCUGAGACUUAACGUUAAUAGCAGUCAUUUUGAGUGUGUUGAUGCCAAAAUGAGCAAGGGCUAGCCCUAAUAUAUAUAUAUAUAUAUAUAUGUUCAAAAUGAUAGCUGCCGUAAUAUACAAGUCCUUGUUUAUGGAUAUAAGUCUGCCUGGCACUGUAUCAUGUUCCAUUUGCUUCUGAGUGUUUGGUUUUUACUCUUUUAAAAACUUUGGGCGAAUGUGAGAUUCUCAGCUUUCGUGUCUGGGUUUUCUGAAACAAAACCAACUGUGGAAAGUAACUGCCUAACAGCCCUUGGGCUUCCUGCCUAAGUCAGAACUCCAACCGGAUAAAAUAUGAUUUUAGAAGCAAAAUAAGGUUACAGUUACCUUUCCAAGCGAUGUGCCCCUUAGAAAAUGCUUGCACAUACAGGUUUAUCUUACCUGGCCCCUGUUUAUUAUAUAUAUAUAUAUAUAUAUAUAUAUAUAUAUAUAUAUGGUUUAUAUGUUUUAUCUUUUGGACGUUUGUGUAAAACUUGCAGUCUGCUGCCACCCAGAGGUAAAACUGUGUCAUCUCUUAAAAUAUAUAUUUAGACCAGGGUUCUCAAACUUCAGUCCUGGAGGGCUGUGGGAUCUGUGCUGCCCAGCCCUGUUCCAGGAGAUCUACCAUCUUGUAGGUUUUUUUCACAAGGUGUGUAGACUCUUCAGCCAGUCUUCAGAUAAGCACUUAAGUGUUUGAAGCAUGCUGAAAGUCAGCAGAGGCCAUGAUUUGAGUUUGAAGUUGAAAUCCGUGAUUUUUACCGUGUAUAUUUUAAGUGACUGAUAAUGAAAUAGCACUACUGGUAUUGCAUUUGACUGUCCGGCAUAAGAAUCGCUGUCUUUUUAUCUUAAAUUUGUGUUUUAAAAGGCCUUGUUUUUUAAAAAUUGAUUGUGUUAAAAGGCCUUGUUUGUAUACAUAAGUACCCUUUUUGCAUAUUGUUAAUUUCCCCAGACCCCACCAUUCUCUUCAUCUUAAAACCUUAAAAACGGCUAUGGCCACUGGUUUAAAAAAAAAUUUGAUUAAAGAAUACAUGUGAACUUUAUAGCCAUUAACUGACUUUCACUUAUUGGCAGUUUCAUAACCUGAAGUAAGUGGAAAAAAUAUAAAUAAGGGAACCUGAAAUAACUGAAGAACUACAAAUAAGGGGGAAAUGUUAGUGUGAUGUUUAGGAUUGAUUUAGUGGUUGAAGGUUAUAUUAUGGUAAAACACUGAUUAUCGAAAAGCUCUGUUUCGUAGCAUUUUAUGAUGGUAAAUGUAUAAUUUCAUGGCACUAUAUUCAAUUAUAUUGAGCAUUUCAGUAUUUUUUGUUUUUAACUUGUGAGGUGAACACUGUUGUGGGACAGACAGCACUAGCUGAUUAUAUUUUGAAUGUACUGGGGUAAGUCAAUAGAGACAAACCAUGCAAAAGGUAGAUAACAUGUUAAUUUAUUCUAAUAUUUUGUAACAUUUUAUAAUUUUUGAAACAUCUAUGAAAUAUUUAAUGCAAUCUAUUUUCCUACUUGAUUUAUUGAAAUUGUUGCCAAUUGGUGUAAAUUCAUUUUAAUGAAUUAACAUUUUUAAAAACUUUUUGCUUUUCUCUAUAGGCUGGCCAUUUUUGGAAAUGAUUUGGUUACCAAUCUCAUGUUUUGACUAAUGUUGUCUAGAUACGUCCUGUUUUGAAAUGUGAUUGUUCAACCCAGUUUCCUCAAAAUUCUCUAUAAUUUUUGCCUUGUCUACAACAUUUUAACAUUAAAUCUAAAGCAGCUGUGUCGCGCACCAAA